GUGACCAAUUCAAACAGCAAUGUACAAUGUUGGUAGUUAAUUCAACAGCUGAUGAUGGCAGUGGAUAUAUGACUUGUGGUGUGGGUCAUUCGCAGAUUGACAGUGAAGUGAACGGAACUCUGAGUGUGUAUGUCCGCGAAUUUCACAUACUUUGUUUUUGGAAAAGGAUGUUGUAACAUAUCUGAAGGCUAAAGGCAGAAAAAAGCAUUUCUGGUUAAGCAGACCAAUGCAUUUUUGACAAAAAAUGGCAGACCCAAAAAGUGUAAAAAUAAAUUUGUCUACGGAAACUGAAGAUGGGAACGAAUCCGUGUCCUAUAAUGCUAGAGCCGUUUGUUCGCCGCCGCCUAAAGAACUCGAAUCCCUCAACAAUGCAACUGUUUUAAGUGGAUCGCAGAAUAAUCUAUGUAACGGCUCUUCGUCUGUGACAAUAACUAGUUCUGGAGCACUAAGAAAAGUUCCAAACAAUAGCCCGACUGGUCAUAAAAAACCUAUGAUAUCUCUAACACACUUGCCAAAGAGACCACCUGUCGACAUAGAGUUUAUAGAUUUAUCGUAUUCGGUCUCGGAAGGUCGGAAGCGAGGUUACAAGACAAUACUGAAAUGCGUGAAUGGAAAAUUUAGAUCUGGGGAACUUACUGGAAUUAUGGGGCCUUCUGGGGCGGGAAAAAGCACUUUGAUGAAUAUUCUGGCCGGAUACAAGACGUCCAAUUUGGAUGGUUCUGUUCUAAUUAAUGGUAAAGAUCGAAGUCUGCGACGAUUUCGAAAAAUGUCUUGUUACAUAAUGCAAGAUGACUGUUUAUCUCCGCAUUUAACAGUAAAAGAAGCAAUGACAGUAUCAGCGAAUCUCAAACUAGGCAAAGGAAUAACCAAUUCCGAAAAAAAAGUUGUAAUCAGUGAGAUUAUGGAAACAUUGGGAUUACAGGACUGUACAGAUACCUACGCCGCUAGUUUAUCUGGUGGACAAAGGAAACGACUCUCUAUUGCCUUAGAACUUGUAAAUAAUCCACCAGUAAUGUUUUUCGAUGAACCAACGAGCGGUUUAGACAGUUCGUCUUGUUUCCAAUGUUUAUGUUUGUUGAAAUCUUUAGCAAGAGGUGGAAGAACUGUGAUAUGUACCAUACAUCAACCUUCGGCUAGAUUAUUCGAAAUGUUCGACCAUUUAUACAUGCUAGCGGAAGGACAAUGCAUCUACCGGGGCAACGUCUCGGGAUUAGUUCCUUUCCUUUCAAGCAUGGGGCUUAAUUGCCCCAGUUAUCACAAUCCUGCUGAUUAUGUAAUGGAAGUGGCUUGUGGUGAGCAUGGCGACUACGUGCAGAAAUUAGUGGUCGCAGUAAACGCAGGAAGAUGCAAUAACUACUUGCAAAAAUCGGAUCAGCGUGGCAAACUGAUAUCAAACGAUAUUGCUAAAGAGACAAUACCACUAAAACCGCAGUGUGAGUCCCUCCCAGUGCCAAACGGCUUCUCUAAAACUUCCACUUCGACGCCGGCAACGUGUACGACAUCAUUACUGGAUUCGUCAGAAAAUUUGCCCAAAAUUGAAAAAAGUGGCUUUCCAACAUCUGGAUUAGUCCAGUUUUGGAUUUUAUUGAAGAGGACGAUUGCUAUAACACUCAGGGACAAAACACUCACCAGAAUGAGGCUUGUGGCUCAUAUUAUCAUAGGAAUAUUGCUUGGCUUGAUCUACUAUGACAUUGGCAAUAAUGCUGCUAAAGUUACAAGCAAUGCUGGGUGCUUAUUUUUCACAACAAUGUUCACAAUGUUCACCGCCAUGAUGCCCACAAUUUUGACAUUUCCUCUGGAAAUGUCUGUUUUCGUAAGAGAACACUUAAACUAUUGGUAUUCACUAAAAGCGUACUAUUUUGCCAAGACUCUAGCCGAUAUACCAUUUCAGAUCGUUUUAACUGCUUGCUACGUCAUGGGAGUAUACUAUUUAACUUCGCAGCCUCUAGAAGCCAAAAGGUUCGCUAUGGUUCUGCUAAUUUCAGUACUGACGGCACUGGUAUCCCAAAGUUUUGGGUUAUUGGUUGGUGCAGCCUUUAAUAUUGAGGGUGGGGUGUUUCUAGGACCAAUAUCAACGAUUCCAUUAGUGCUAUUUUCGGGGUUCUUUGCAAAUCUCAAAGAUAUUCCAGUCUACUUAAAGUGGUUGCCGUAUAUGAGUUAUGUCAGGUAUAGUUUUGAGGCUACAAUGAUAUCGAUAUAUGGCUUGGAUAGGCCAAAACUGGAUUGUCAAGAUGACUACUGCCAUUUCAAGUACCCGACAAAGUUCUUGGACCAAAUGGCAAUGAAAAGCGACAUGCUCACAUACACUAUCGAUGUUGCAGUCCUCUGCGGACUUUUUGUUGUACUUAGGAUAUGCGCAUAUUUUGUCUUGCGAAUUAAACUACUUCAAGUCCGUUAAAAAAGGAAACUGUAAAUUGCGACAUUUUUAAUUACCUAUGUCAUAGUCUAGUGAAUUUUGUAUUGUGAUGUAUUUAUAUAUAGGUACUUUUUACGUGAUGGUAUUAAAUAUUAUCUAUUAUUUAUAAUUAAAACACUUUGAUUAGUUAUCUACUCACAAUUUCUGUUACAAAAAUCAUAAGGUACUAAGCUAGAGUUGUUGCAGAGCCGUAUUUUUUAUAGAGUUACACCUAGAGUGGGCAGCAAUGCUUAAGUAGAGCUAACCCAAAUCGAGUUUUUAUUGACAAUAAUGCUUUACGGAAAUGUAGUAAGAAGGGACAAUGCACAAAUUUGUUAACAUUGUUGCUCAUUCAUACUCAUUAUUAAAACAUCGACACUUUAACUGGAAAAGAGAAGGUUCUACCAAUUCUAUCUUGCUUUUGCAUUAAAAAUUAUACAGAAUGCGCCAGAACUCGCGCUCCAGAGACAAUUUUCAAGUAAGGUAAAAUACCGGGAACAUGAAAAAAUGUUUAAAAAAUUCUAUCUGUCAAAAAAUUUUGACAU